AUGGCUGAAAAGGACGAUCUCAUCGUCAACCCAGACGAAAUCGACUACAACGACCCGCCCUUCCCUCUCACAGCCAUCGAUCGAGAGAUCCUGGCGACCAAGGAUGAAGACUACCACUGCAUAACCUGGGAAGAUCUGAAAGAGAUUAUUGCAAACAACACCCUCGAACUCCUCAAACGCCUCCCCUCCGACCUGCGCAAAUACCUCGCCUGGUCCCACACCAUCAAACGCGUCCACGGCGGCAUAACCCCCUACGUCCUCUCGCACCGCCUCUUCUGGACCCCCCUGCACCCCCCUCCCUCGCCCCCAACUUUCCCGCACCAAUCCAGCACCCCCUUCUCCGACCCGCGGGACUACGCCAUCCUCCCCAACGACUGGCCCUACGGCUUCACGACCGACAUCAUGCACCUGCUGGUGUGGAGCAAGACGCCCAUCGCGACGGAUCUGGAGAGCGGCGGGGGCGGGGACGUGACGGCGGAGAGUCGGGGGGUGAUUGAGGGGUUUGUUCGGAGGACGUUUGUGGUGCCGUUGGGGGAGGGCGGGGAGGGGAGGGUGUUGUGGUUUAAGAAUUGGGUUAGUUUGCAGAGUGUGAGGGGGGUGGAUCAUGUGCAUGUUUUGGUGAGGGAUGCGCCGAGGGAGUUGGUGGAGAGGUGGACCGAGCGGAAGGAUUUAUAG